AGCAGAUGGAGCGAUGCGACCCCGCUCUACCAGUCACGACAUCCGGGAGCUGCUCAACAGCCUGGCGGAGAAACAGGACCAGUUCGAGGAUCUUCUGUGGAGGCUGGAGCUUCUGCUGGAUUCUGACGAGAUAGAAGACAUGCCACAAAACGUGACGUCGUCAUAUCUGAACGACACCUCUGGCUUCAUGCCCGGGAAUUUAACAGAAGCGGAAGUGAGGUCAACCGGAGAGCAUGACCCCGUGACAAAGACAAUGGUAACCAUGGUGAUUUUCAUCAGUUUGAUCGUGUACGCCAUGAUCAUCAAAGGGAUUCUCUUCUGCAAGGAACUUCAAAAACACUGGUGAAAAGGCGCUGUGAUUGUUAUCAUGAAAAUUAUAACAAACCAAAUUGUUUAUCGCUUUUUUGUGUGCGGACAUCAAGCACCAAGACAAUGACUUGAGUUGGUCACUAGCACAAUUGCAAACAACAAUAAGGAGCGAAGUUUUUGUGCUAUAUCCUUUCGAAUACCAGCUAUUGUUGCUCACCCGACAUUCCGGCAACUGAAAGGGCCGUUAAGCUGAGGUCCACUGUUCAAAGUUGUCAAAAAGAGCGAGGAGAAUUUCACCAUUACACUAGUGGGCCUGUAAAUACUGUACAAAACGCCUGUCACGGCUAGAGAAAGGGUAGCUCUUCAGUGGAGUAAACUGGUUCCAGAUCACUGCAACCAUUUCUGUAUAAAUCAUUUUUGAUAGGUAUGUACACGUCAUCCCAUUCAUAUGGUGUGAUAUGAAGAUUCAUUUUACAACGUUUAAUGGUCCCACACUGCACUGUACGAGAUGUCGAGGUGGACGUACAUUGUGGCUGUGUACGUACUAGUAACAUAUACGUCACUGCGGCAGACAAGCGCCACAUACAGUUAUCUACCUAGUACAUGUACAGUCAUUAAGGAUGACCGAGAAAGUCCAGAAGUCUCUGUAUUCCAGCUUGUUUCAUACGCCUCUACCUGUGAAGACCAUUCGUGUAAAUCACAUGUUGCCAUUGAAAUUUGUAAAAUGGUGGUUUUUGACCCAUUUUUCCUAAUAAAAACGAAUCAUCAAUGUGGUGUUGAAUUAAAGACAAUAUGACGAUGCUGUAUCAUAAGAUUUUAAUGCACCAGCAAGACCACGCAGUCUCAAUUUCUUUGAAAAAAAUUAAUUGGUGCAGUUUUAAUGGUGAUUCAUAAACAAGAUUGCCUUCUCACAUUUGCAGUCCAUACAUGACAACAGAAAAAGACGUCGCGUGAUUUAACAU